GUUGCGUCAUUGUUAUUGUGGUAGUUGGUGCUCCAGCUGCUUACACAGAUUUCGCCACCAUUUCGCUCAGAUUUCGGCCCUUUAACGCUGUGUAAACGUGCGGACCUGCGAUAUAACAUCAGUACAAUGUCGCUCCAAAAGGACAUUCCUUCUGACGAGAGUUUACAAGGUUCCUGGGUUGAGCUGCAUUUCAGCGGGAAUGGCUCUCAAAGUACCAGCCACCACGGCAGCCAGGAGCAAAUCCCCACGUCCAUCCAGGAGGGUGACGUGGAGAAAAUGCUGCUAGACGCACAGCACGAGUCGGGCAGAAAUAGCUCCAGAGGAAGCUCUCAGUGCAACAGCCCACUCAGGGCACAGACACCCCUUCUUCUGUGGAGAGGCUCAGAGGGAAACAGCUCACAGUCAGAUGAAGACUUCCAAGAAAGAAGACGGGAAGUAGAGAACCUGAUGAAGAAAAAUGCUGACUGGAUCUGGGACUGGUCUAGUCGACCUGAGAACAAUCCACCAAAGGAGUUCCUGCUGAAGUACCCUAAGCGCUCAACCUCUCUCAGCAUUAGGAACACCAGUGUCAUGAAGAAGGGAGGCAUUCUCUCUGCUGACUUUCUGAAGCUUUUCCUUCCCUCGUUAAUCAUUUCUCACAUACUUGCUGUUGGCCUAGGGAUAUAUAUUGGGAAGCGGCUCACCUCACACAAUACCUACUAAGUAGAACGGUGGUGUGUUGUGACACCUUGUCACCUCAAUGUGACCAUCUUGGCAUGCCUUAAAAUGGGACCUUUUUGAAGAUCAAGGGAAUCGUGGCCAUUUGACAUGGUCCAGUUUGACUGAGAGCCUCAUGUUGCCCACAACAGCAUGGAGAGUGGAGGAUCAGUCAUUGUUGCUUCACAGUGUCUAGCCCUGAACACAACAAUGAUCAAUCCCUCUGCUCCUUGCUGUAGUCCCUGUCCUGGAGAUGACUGUUUUGCUGCUUCCUGCUCCUUAAAUCUGCACACUAGGGAACUGAUAUAUAUUGUAAGUCACUGCCUCCUUUUUUGUUGCAAUGAGAAGUCUUUUGUGAUUUUAAACAAUAUACAGUCAGUUGAUUUUUUUUAAUCAGCUGUGGAUAAAGGAAAUUUUUUUGAAAAUAAAAAUACAUUUUUUGUCGAAGGGAUCAUUAGCUUAGUGUUUAAGAGAUGGCAUUCAUUACUAAUUGCCCAAUCUGUGCAAUUAUAAAUUGAUUAUGAGAAAAUCAAAUAUUAGCUUUAUCAUGCACAAAUGUGGUCCAUUUUUUGUUCAUCUGAAUCACAAAAUAAAAGCUGGAAACACA